GAACCCACACGACUGAUUCCUGGUGGUUGAAGCUGGCGAUGCCCCUCUUCAUAUAUGCGCAAUGCACUGGUCCAGGCCAGUACGAUAGCCCGGAGUUGCACAAGGAUAUUACACGCGACACUGGAUGCGUCUCCACCUCUCAAAGGCAAGUCAUUUGUUAUUCUGGCCUGUUAUCACCGGCCAUAUACUCCAACGAGGCACCCAAGACGUUGGAAUUGCGCCUCGUACAAUCGAAGGAUCACAGAAGCGUUGCUUUAGCUCGGUACCGUUGCUAAGCGCAUUUCUCGAGGCACCCAAGGCCGUGGGACAAGCCCAGCCCGUAAUGAGGCCCCCGGGUUUACGACGAGAAAGGGAGGAGAGUAGGAAAGUCAACGCCAAUCUAUGCAGCGAUGUGGCCACGAUCCGCCGUUAGAACGUUCGAAAAAGAGUCUCCAAGCCCAUGCUAAGAUGGAAAAGAUAAGAUGGUGGAAGCUUCCUUGCAGUGGCGGGAGAGUGCCCAGGGCCGCCAAGGUGUUACAAUAAUGAACUUCCUAAUCAAGCCGCGGGCGAUGGUAGCCAAGGGCUUGGU